AUGGCUGUGGUAUCAAUUCUCCCUUUUGCUCUCCGGAGCUCCUCCAGAGUCCUAUCUCGAUCGCAGAAGCCGCUCCUCCACCGCAUCCCCGCAAUUCGGCCGCUGUCAACCAAACAUCCGAAAGGCUUCGUUGCACCGACGGAGGAUGAGUUGCAAGAGCUCCGGGAGCGAGUUCAAGAGUUUACCAGACGUGAGAUACCCGAGGAUGUUGCGGCUCGGACAGACGCAGAGAAUGAGUUUCCGGCAGAGAUGUGGAAGAAAUUGGGCAAUGCUGGGUUCCUAGGAGUAACUGCAAAUGAAGAAUAUGGCGGACUCGGAAUGGGCUACCAGGCUCACUGCGUGGUGAUGGAAGAGAUUAGCAGAGCAUCAGGAAGCAUUGCCCUAUCCUACGCCGCCCACUCCCAACUCUGCGUGAACCAACUAUCCUUGAACGGAACUCCCGAACAGAAAGAACGAUAUCUACCUGGUCUCCUCUCUGGCGAGAAAGUCGGUGCGCUGGCCAUGUCUGAACACUCGGCUGGCUCCGAUGUUGUCAGUAUGAAAACGUCUGCCAAAGAAGUUGAUGGUGGCUGGGUGCUGAACGGCACCAAGAUGUGGAUCACCAAUGGCCCCAAUGCAGACUACGUCGUCGUAUACGCCAAGACAGAGCCAGAGAAAGGAUCGAAAGGUAUUACCGCGUUCGUGGUGGAAACGACCUUUAACGGAUUCUCGUGCGCGCAGAAGCUUGACAAGCUGGGUAUGCGUGGCUCCAACACAGGCGAGCUUGUUUUUGAUAAUGUCUUCGUGCCCAAAGAGAACGUCUUGGGUGAAAUUAACCGGGGCGUCAAGGUGCUGAUGGAAGGUCUGGAUCUUGAACGUCUCGUCUUGAGUGCCGGACCUUUGGGUAUCAUGCAAGCAUCUCUCGACCUCGUCCUCCCCUACACCCACCAACGCAAACAAUUCGGAACCCCUAUCGCACACAACCAGCUUAUCCAGGGUAAACUGGCAGACAUCGCUUCAUCCCCAGAAUUCAAAAUCCGAACCCAGGACUGCGCGGGUGCUAUUCUGUACGCCGCAGAGAGGGCUACGGAAUGUGCCCUGGACGCGAUUCAGCUUAUGGGUGGCACUGGUUAUAUCAAUGAAGUCCCUGCUGGAAGAUUGCUUCGAGAUGCGAAGUUGUACGAGAUCGGUGCUGGGACGAGUGAGAUUAGACGCAUGGUUAUUGGGCGUGCAUUCCAUAGAGAAUACUCUUAG